AUGGGCUCCGUUGUGCUACCUCAUCUCCGGACUGGAUGGCACGUUGAUCAAGCUAUUAUGUCUGAGGAAGAGCGCUUAGUCGUUAUUCGCUUUGGUCGUGACUAUGACCCCGACUGCAUGUGUCAAGAUGAAGUUCUCUACAAGAUCGCUGAUAUGGUUAAGAAUUUUGCUGUCGUCUAUGUCUGCGAUCUAGAUGAGGUUCCAGAUUUCAAGCAAAUGUAUGAACUUUACGAUCCAAUGACGAUCAUGUUUUUUUACCGCAAUAAACACAUGAUGUGCGAUUUUGGCACAGGAAACAACAACAAAUUAAACUGGGUCCUCGAAGACAAACAGGAGCUAAUUGAUAUAUUAGAGACAAUAUACAAGGGAGCUAAGAAGGGGCGUGGUCUUGUUGUCAGUCCCAAAGAUUAUUCGACACGAUAUCGGUACUAA